AUGAGCCUGAGACCUGAAAAGCCAGUAUGGAUGUCCCAGGAACAAUAUGAUUUGCAAUAUGGCUCAGUUCAAGAAGCUGAGCCCAGGAGAAGGCCCAUUAAACCCGGUAAAACAAACGACGCGAUGACGGAUGGCUCUAAUGAUGGCAACAACGAAACGACCGAAGGGUCUGAAACUGCGAGAGAUGCGGAAGAAGAGGCUAAAAAACCGCAGUUUAAACUUCAGAGACGUAAAAACCAACGACACGAUGCCGAGGAUCGGAGAAAGAAGCACCAAUUGCAGAAGUUACGUGAAGAUCAAAUCAAAAAACAUGAAAUUGAGAUGACUGCGAAAAGGAUGGUGAAUGUCGAUAAUAUUGUUCGAGAGCAUUACAACGAACGUACAUUUAUUGCCAAAAGACGAAAAAGACAUUUGUCUCCGAUCAUUAAGUUGAGAAACUUCAAUAAUGCCAUUAAGUAUAUGCUGAUUGAUAAAUACACCAAAGCGGGUGAUGUCGUUUUGGAAUUGGGCUGUGGGAAAGGCGGGGAUUUGCGGAAAUACGGUAUGGCCGACAUUUCACAAUUUAUUGGAAUUGAUAUAUCAAACGCUUCCAUUUUAGAAGCACAGAAAAGAUACUCUUCAAUGGGGAAUUUGGGUUAUCAAGUCAUUUUAAUCACAGGCGACUGCUUUGGAGAAUCGUUAGGUGUCGCUGUCGAACCUUUCAAAGAAUGCAGAUUCCCAUGCGACGUUGUUUCUGCUCAAUUUUGUUUGCAUUACGCUUUCGAGUCUGAAGAAAAAGCCAGAAGAACGCUGCUCAACGUUACCAAGUCGCUCAAAAUUGGAGGAUAUUUCUUUGGCACUAUACCAGACUCUGAGUUUAUUCGCUACAAAUUAGGGAAAUGUCCCAGGGACGUCGAAAAGCCAUCAUGGGGCAAUUCAAUUUACAAAGUUACCUUCGAAAAUAAUGAUUAUUUGAAAAACGACUAUGAGUUUUCGUCGCCAUAUGGCCAAAUGUACACCUAUUGGCUGGAAGAUGCCAUCGACAACGUCCCAGAAUAUGUUAUUCCUUUCGAGACUCUUCGUAGUUUGGCAGAUGAAUAUGGGCUUGAACUCGAAGCCCAAGUGCCCUUCAACAAGUUUUUUGUCAAUGAAAUUCCACAUUGGAUGGAUAAGUUUUCGCCUCGCAUGCGCGAAGGAUUACAGAGAUCUGACGGUAAGUACGGCGUCGAAGGUGAGGAAAAAGAAGCCGCGUCCUAUUUUUACGCAAUAUUUGCAUUUAAAAAAGUGAAAUGA